AUGUUAGCAAUGCUGUUAGAUUUCUCAUUUUCAUUUACACACCUCGAUGACAUCAUCGGUAUCGUCUCUGAAUCACUUGGUGAACACACUUUGAACAUAAACUCUCUGUUAGAUCGUACUGAUGAUCAUGGAUUUACAUUGAAGUUCACAAAAUGUGAAUUUUAUCUUAGUCAAAUUAAGUAUCUUGGAUUAAUGCUUUACAAGCAUAAUCGCAAACCUGAUCCAGAAAAAAUCAAAGCAAUUACAUGUAUACCACCUGCAAUAAACGUUUGUUUGAUCCAGUCUUUUUUUGACAUGAAUAACUAUUACUCCUGUUUCUUAAAAUUGCAUGAACUCCGUAGACCUUCAAAUGUACUUCUUCGAAAAAAUCAGUCAUGGAACUAG